UUCUACGGGUGCCGAGGGGAGGGCGCGCGCACAUCGUCCUAGCACCGCGAGAGGCGCCGGUGCUUCCAGCCGUGGCACUGGCAUCUGCUGAGACUGCAGCCUCGGAUUUGUCCUUUUUUCUUUCCUCCCACUUCCCUUCUUCACCCCCACGUGAACUUCUCACCUAAGGACUGUAAAAGCUAACUGGUUUGAAAAUGGAGAACCAAGAACCAACGGAUUCUUCUCAGAAUACCAAACAGUCUAUUAUUUCAGAGGAGUUAAUUUCAGAAGGAAAAUGGGUCAAGCUUGAAAAAACAACUUACAUGGAUCCUACUGGUAAAACUAGUGUAUUUGGGAUGGGACCAUCAGUGGUUUCCCCAGCUCUUCUUCAGUCUUUAGGACUAACCUUAAGAGGGAGCAGAGCGAGCUGUGCUGAAAGAACCUGGGAAACAGUGAAACGCACAACCAGGAAGGGACAGUCUGCUGAUGGUGUAGCGGUAAUCCCUGUGCUGCAGAGGACUCUUCAUUACGAGUGCAUUGUUCUAGUGAAACAGUUCCGGCCACCGAUGGGUGGCUACUGCCUUGAAUUCCCUGCAGGUCUCAUAGAUGAUGACGAAAGCCCAGAAGCAGCUGCUCUUCGGGAGCUUGAGGAAGAAACUGGCUACAAAGGUGACGUUGCUGAAUGCUCUCCAGUUGUGUGUAUGGACCCAGGUUUGUCGAACUGUACCACACACAUCGUGACAGUAACCAUUAACGGCGAUGAUGCAGAAAACGUACGACCCAAGCCAAAGCCAGGGGACGGAGAAUUUGUGGAAGUAAUUUCAUUACCAAAGAAUGACCUGCUGAAGAGAAUUGAUGCUCUGGUAGCUGAAGAACAUCUUACAGUGGAUGCCAGAGUCUAUUCCUAUGCUCUCGCGCUGAAACACGCAAACACGAAGCCAUUUGAAGUGCCCUUCCUGAAAUUUUAAGGGUAAAGACAACAGUGGCCAUAUGUUUUUAUAAAUGAGACCAGCAGGCCUUCUUCACUAAGACUUUGUAUUCACCUUAGUUUAAUGUAGAUUUUAAAUUAGCUUUUUCAUAAAAUAAAAGCACAGAAUGCA